GUACGUCAAAGAGACCGAUCCGUCGCUGAAGGACGAAUACGAAGCCAUGCAUUACACUCCUUUUUUAUCGCCGAAUGCUCCAGCUCCUUCAGCACAAAUUAAGACAGGAGCACGGACCUUAAUGUCAACAUCCUCGUCUUCUGAUUGCGACUCUGCAGCUGCCACAUCUUCUAUUAUGGCUCAACUUUCAAUGGUCACCAUUUAGAUUGGAGUCACUGAGAUCGAAGAGGCGACCCCUUCUUCUGCGCUUUAAUUCUAGUGCUGGCACUUCCUCCAUCCUGGGCGAUCCUCGCCACCUCCCUGGUCGCAGUCGUGCUCGCCGCUUGAGAGCAGCCACAGCAUUGCGUGCAGGCGGGUUGCAUGCGGUGGAGGAGGACUUGGAAUUUUUGCAUGGUCGAGAGAAAGAAAAUAUGGAGAAUAUGCUAGUAGAACUCGAAGACAUCGCUCAGGAGCUGGAGGAGGAAGAUGUGGUUCGUGGGCUGCUGAACCCUUUGGGUCCCUAUGACCUUGUGGGAGCGCAGGGACAGAAUAAGCUCACGUGGACGGAGAAUGCAGGGGAAUUGGCGAAUUAUGUCUUCUUGAUGACCUCCUGAUAAAUGGAGUCCGCUUAGACCAUCUGAACAGUGGAGUACCUACAUUAACACACCUGAACAAUGGAGUACCUACAUUAACACACCUGAACAGUGGAGUACCUUUACCUACAUUAACUAACACACUCUGAAUCAAUGAUGCAGUUUUUCGUAACAUUUGUAUGACAUCAUAAUAUCACCUGAAGAUGAGUAGAGACAAAUAUGUACUUCUUGUAUAGCUUGUUCUCCCUCGUCAAGAACCUUGUUCCUCAUCGCAUGAAGAUCUACAACUCUUCUCCACCUUCAUAGGAUCUCCGGAGCACCAGGGUACCAACAGUUGCAGAUGUCGCAGGCUCAAUCCCUCCUAGCUGGGGAUAUGCCGCUCACCGCUGCCACCGCGGACGAACUGGCCAAUGCGGAGGCUGCGCGGGAAGAACACAAGUUCGAGGUCUUACGGGAUUUGAGACGCGCUUACCGCGAUCAGCGGGCAGGACAGAAGGUAGUGGACGUGGUGAACAGGUUGAGACACAGUCAUAAGGAGCGACGGCAGCGUAGACGACUGGUGGAGGUGAAGGCUGAUGGCGAACUGGAGAACAACUCUGCUGAAAGAGCGAGUAAGAAGUGUGGUGCACCAUCGUCUGACACAACUGAUAAUCAUCUGCGUAGUCUCCUAGAAGGAAGCGAGAAUGUCAUCGAAGCAACGAAUCUCCUAGAAGACUCUGCGCGAGGAGAAGCGUCUGAAAAUCAACGACGGCUUCAAUCGGAGCGCGACGAACGACGCAGAAGACUGCUUCAAGAAUCAGAUUCUGCUUCCAAACGGGACCUCACUACCGCAGUGACAGGGUCUUUCUUCGUUGUCCAGCCAGCAGCGAUUGCGGCUUUCUAUGACUCUCGUGACGAAUACUGCAAGAAAUGGACUGAGUCUCCACCGAUCAUAUCCCGUGCCAACGCGCAGUUUCCGCGCGACGGCACUGGGAUCAUGGAACAGCAGAACAAAGCUUGUGGAGUAGGCAUCAUCAAUUACUUCUUCACGACCAGCGACUUAGACGACUACUCAGCGCAUCCGACUCUGCAACAGGUGGUGGUGAUUUCGCUGCAGUGGGCGACAUUUGAGAUUUCCGAGACGUGCGAGAACUUGCUGUUAUGUUGAGGACUUCGGUUCAGUAAGCACGAUCAGUUCAAGUUGUCUUCAGUCUAAUCACAGUGAAUACAGUAUCACAAUCUUCUAGUAUAUCUGUAUCAUUUGUUCCUAAAGACAAAGAAUCAAUAGCUCUAUUUUUUACGUGCAUCAUUUCUUCCUGAAAGCAUGCCACGAAUCAAUAGCCCUAUACCUAUUCUAACCUCCGACGCUGCCGGUGGCUUGGCUAUUGCGAGUUGCCGUUUCCAGGCCAAUGAAGCCAAGUUUUUCCUCUCCCAGGGCCUGAAGCGGAACACGGCCUAUACCUUGAGCGUACGACACUUCAAUCCGGAGACGAUCGUGAGGGCCAACGUGGCGAACGCCCCAGGUUUGGAUUCAGUGGCGAAUACCCUUGAUAGUCGUGGAUUUGUGAUCAACACAGGUACACAGAGCGAGAUCCUGCGAAUCGGUGAGCCCAACGACCCAGCUGCAAUCAAUGUCCGUCAGUACGAACGCAUCGACGUACGCAGAGGGUCCAUGGCUGGCGUCAACAUCACCAACCCCGAUAUCGCCACAGCUGUCCGAGGCCUCGUCGUCCCUGCUUCUCUGCAUUUUUCGCAUCAAUACCUGGCAGUGGAGAACACUUUCAACUUGGUGUUGAAAUUCCACCAGGGAGCGACGAUCGAACAGCCGACGCAGCCGCAGUCGUUGCAGUUUAUCAAGCACAACGCCAAGCAUCCCGCAGCGGACACAGAGAAUGCACAGAUGAACCUGAACAUAGUUUGGGAGUGGACCGAUGUGCUAUUCACUAGAUUCGUUUGGUUAGAAUGGACUGAUGUACUACAUGAUCAAGAAUGGCUGUUAUAAUUACAACGUGUAUGUGUUGUAAGAGAGUAGUAAGACACAACAUGAUGUACUAGUUGUAGUAUGUGAUUACAACAAAUAAUGACUUCUUUUUAUUCUGGAGAUUGUUUUUGUUCUGGAAAGGACUCGGCUGCCUAGAAGAGCAGGCUCUUUCAUACUCGGCAUAGACCAGCUUCAGCUACCUCCUCCCUCUGCUCUCCCAAAUAAUCCAGGUCCUCGUCAAUCUGGGUUCCGACGGUGUACCAGCAGGCAACAGGCCUAACCAAAACAUUCGUGGGUAUGUCAACGGUUUUUCCUGGCGUCCCAGUGCUGAGUACGAUUCUAGACAGGGAACUCAAGGUAUUCUCUUCACCUUCGGGUUCCGUUUCUACGGUACUCUCCGUGCUCCGCAAGGCCGUGCCGUCUUCCUGUCCCAGCCGUCUCACAUCUGGGAACUCGCUGCUCUCUCCAACAAUGGCGGCGCAACCGAGUGCGUCGGUGUCCAGUACAACCCUGGUGUCGGUCUCAAGUGCAACUUAAGGCUUUCAUAAUCCAUGUGGAGAAGAAGCAUCUCGGAGCUGUGUGUCCCAUAUUAACGUGGGAGAGAGGAGUACACUAUCUAUCAGGAUGCAUCUUCUAAUCUCAGGAUGGAUUAGGCUCUGAGCUCUAAGCAAAGUGUUUAAGUACCCAGGAUAUCAGGGCAACAAGAUGGCGAACGGCAUUUUCUUCUUCUACGACUCAGCGGGUACAGUGGCGAUUGACACCAAGAUUUCUCUCCGAUUGGAUAAUCCAACACAGGCAGUGAACAUGUUCUGGCUGUGCUACAGCUACCAAUACAUGAAUGGGAUCAUGAGGGGUAAUAUUGAUUUUUUUUUGGGAGGUGGAUUGUUGGAUUCUUGAAACUGAUUUGAACCUAAUGCUUCCUCUAGAGGAAACAACGUCGAUGUUUUAUGUUUUAAUUCUCAACGUAUUUACUUUGACUUCCAACGACACGAAGACGAACUCACUCAAAGAUAUUAACACGACUAAGUAAAAGCAACCCCCACGACCUCCACCUCCAUCUAUGCUCACACACCAGCCCCCUUCACGAUGGAGUUGGACAAGCCUAUUGCUACCAACGGCCAAGGCAGUGGCGAGAUCAUUUCCACCACGUCUCUUGCGGUGAAUGAGAAAAACAAGGUUGUCCUCGUAUUCAAACCUGGUAACACCGUUAUCCCCAUGUCUGCGACAUUGCUCAGUGGUUACCUCGUGAUCAUGCCCCCUGUUAAGGCUACUCCUGAAGCAUUAUUUACCCUUAAUCUUAAUAUCAUCCUUGGCCUCCUUUUCAGAAGCACUAUAUCCUUAAUAUUAACAUUAAGUAUCAUCCUUGGCCUCCUUUUCACUUUCAGAAGCAGUAUAUCCUUAAUCUUAAUAUCAUCCUUGGCGCCGUCCUUUUCAAGGGCUCAAGGAUGGGCUCAAGGAUGCUCUCAAGGAGGAUGCGACGCGGUAGCUCUAAUGCUGCCGGUUACCAAGUCGACCGAACUGCUGCGCCCUCUAGUGUAGCUGGUUUUAACGCGUUGCCUUGCUCCGAAUGGCCCGACGCGGAUCAGCAGCAGAACCGCUGGUUGUGCAACGUGCGUGACCUGGGGAUGUUCCGGGACGCGCAAUACGCAGUACAAUUGGGCGUGAUCAACCCUGCUGAGCCAAUGGUGAACACCGCUUGGAGGGUAGAGGUGUGGCAGCUAGAUAGAUCCAAGCCACUGGCGACGACGCGGGAAAUCAAGGGGAUCUCGAUCUCAGGAACCAUGGUCGCAAGCUUCGAACCGUUUAAUCAGGUACUUUUACUACAACCUCCAUGGUCGCAAGCUUCGAACCGUUUAUUUACAGUCUUCAAGUACUACUAUCUAUCAAAAGUACAACGACAAGUUCUUUUAGUUUAUCAGUAGACGUUCGAUGAGAAAGAGAAUGACAUGGAAGAACAACUCUUUCAAGAUCUUCAAUUUGAGGUUUUUGCAAGAACGUGCACACUAUCAUAAGUACUAUCAACGUGCACUUUUUUAUUAAGCACUCAGGUCCUCGGCAACGUGAAUAGUAUUACGUUUAAAUUCCGACCCAGCCGCGACGUGACUAUUGCUGGGAACGCUACUUUCGCUAUCACUGCUCCUGAGGGCUUCAAGAUCAGCAAGCGUUGUUCCGGUUUUCAACGUGGCACGCUUCCUGCAGAUGCAGUUUGCAAGGGCACUGACGACGUGUACGCGGAGCUCCGUUUCCCAGGUCAGAGUGCGAUCAAAGCCAAUGUCCUCUACGAGUUCAUGUUGGACGUGAUCAAUCCAGAGACGAACUUGGUCAACUUAUGGCUUUCGUUUCAUUCUCAUUUCCAAAGGUCUGUCAUGUUCGUUCCUCUGUUUCCUCUGUUUCCUUCUCGGGAAUCGAGUCUCAUUUCGACUUGCUUCUCGAGUCUCUUAUUUGAAUGGGUUGUUCUUUUACGCUCCAAGCAACAGUCCCAACGUCUGGCGCUUCGACACGGUUCGACCAGAUGGCAUUGUUUCCGAUACGACCAACUAUCCUGGAUUUUUCUUGUAUCCGAGUGAAUUUGCGUCGUUCACGGUGCUGCCGAAGUCUCGACUGGCUGGAUCGACGCAAUUGGACGUGCGAUUCGUAUCGAAGGUGCCUAUUUCAACGAGCAGUUACAUCCGAAUCAUGGCUCCGAUCGGGAUCAAGUGGCGCCGGGUGAACAGCGGGUUCAGCACAGAAUCCGCUAUCACGGGAACCAACUCCAUGACGACCGAAGGAGCGGUGAUCGGAUCUAGUAGCGCGUUAGACACGACGUUGGACAACAUGUUGCUCCUACGAUUGACGCAGAACCUGUUUGCGGAAUUUGAGUACGGCAUUGCGCACAAUAUCUUGGUGCCAGAAUUGACGCCAAUUCCGAAUCGGUAUUGGAUUGACACGUAUGUGGAGACGGGUGAUCCGACAGCAGGCGACUUCGAAUACAUUGCGUCCUUGGGAGCGCCGGGGUUCAGGACCAGAGCACUGUUCAAUGCGAAGGUACCUACUGGUUGAUAGAUUGUUGGGACCUACUGCGUACUUGUUGUUGCAAUUGUGUACGUGUUGUUAUAGUCAUCUCUAUCGUACUCUAAUCCACGACUUAUUUUGGAGACCUAUCUAUCACGAACAGCACAAAUAUUGUCUCUCUUAAUAUAAUCUUAUGAUCUUCAAAAUUUGCAAAAACCGCUUUGAGGUAACACCCUACAACAAUGUCGAACUCGCUUGGAACAACCCUACGUCCAUCGAAUUCGAGACUACUACUGCCGUUUCCUCUGUGCUGUCCGACCAAGGCACCGUGAUGGUUCAAUCCGAGCUGUUCGUGGAAGCGCCUCCAGGGUUUACGUUUAUUUGUCCCACUGAGGGUUGGAACCCACCAACGCAAGUGAUUCCAGACGGCUACAGCAGGAUUCCAUCUGAUGCGGAGUGCUUUAUCAACCAUCAGGUAGCUGAGGAGCGUCGUAUUGUGCACAUGCACUUCAGGACGCAGGGGUUGGAGAUGAACACGCGCUACAUCUUCGAAGUGGAGAUCGUGAACGCAGGAAGCGUGAAUCCAACAACGAACAAGUUUAUCUUGGAAACAAGAUUGGAUGGACAGAAGAUUGAAGGUAUUAAGCGAGGACCUUUAUUGCUGUAUCGAGAUUGACUAUGCUAAUGCUUGUGAUGCCAGUAACACCUUAUAUAUAAUUCUCGAGCAACACCUCAGUUCUCGAGCAACACCUUACUUCUCGAGCAACACCUUAGUUCUCGCGCAUUUCAUCCAUGUUUCGCAACAUCCUUCGUUUUGUUCACCCCAUCGAGGACUCUCCUACAAACACCCACCCUCAGGCGUCACAAUCGACGGCUACGACUUAGCCAAACCGAUGUCUAACACUCGCCACGCUCCCGCAGGCUUCCUAGAAACUGGUGAGGACCGCACAGUAGACAGCUACUCCAACCACAUUGCUUUCAUUAUGGGGGUUACACAACCGAUGGGCGCCUCUAGCGUCUUACAGGUUGGCGGACCAGCUGGCUUCCUGUUCUCGCCGAAAUGCCUAGGCGAUGUUGGAUGGGCUCAGAAGUUCGCAAGCGCGGAAACUCUGGUGUUUCCGGAAGUGAUGGACUGCUCAUCUCUGGCGGCAACGACAGGAGAAGGAAACAAAGUGCGCAUCACACUGAAGGAUCCACUUCUAGUGGGAAGCUAUCCAUUCUUUUUGAAGGUACUAUAAUGAUACUUUUCCGUCUAAUAUUUGCUGGGGGCAUCAAUUUUGCGACGGACGCAUAAUCUAAAUCUAAUAUUUGAAGUACUAUCUAAUAUGAGCAAAACGGAAACAAAUUACUAAUUUAAUUCAAUUUUGACUUCACUUGGCAGGUCCAAAACCCUAACUUCGCCAUCCCUCCGGAAAAGAACUACUGGACUUUGCAGCUGUUUGAGCCUGGUUCCAACGUUGCCACUAUGGCGGAAGCUUGGGUCAUAGGAUUCGAUAUCCAAGUGGUCAAGGAAGUGGAAGUCUACCCAUACAACCCAGGGAAUGGUAUUCCAGGAGAGGCUGCGCCCAAUCCGCUAGAUGUCCGCUUCAAGUUGACGACGCGAUUGCCAUCGCUGACGGAAGAGAGCAAGGGAGCACUGAUUCUGGUGGUGCCGCCAGUGGGUAACAAACUGCUACGGCUAAAUAUGUAUCUACAUAUAAUGUGAUGAAGAGUUUCUGCUCGUGCAACUACUGCUCCGUCGGAAAAAGCUACAGAGUUCAUCUUCAUAAUCUAAAAAAUCGUCGCGGCCAUAAGUGACUCCUUGCUUUCCUAUUCCCUCUACUCCUCCUGCCUCCACCACCUCACCCCACCUCACCUCCUACCUCCACAUCACAAAACAACAUUAAAUUUACAACAUCUCAGGUUUUCAUUUCCCUUCUGUUUGCCGAAAUUUUAUGACUGCUCCUGGCGUUUCACCCUACAUGGAGCUACCCUCUACCACAAUUUGCAACCCUUCCGACUUGCUGAAACCGGAACUCGUGAAACUCUACUACCGUUUGGGGCAUCCGAACUUCCAAGCGGAAUUUGGCGCUUCGGAGACCACUAUUUCAGACGACAUUCGGUGGUCAGUGUUUUAUCGGGAUACGCAGUUGAUGUUUCGUGUACGCUCAGUGCCGUUUGAUGGACCGGGAUAUCAUAGGUUGGUGCGACCGGGGUACGAAUUGGAAGCGAUGGUUUGCUAUCCGGAAGGGGUAGAGCCAACACCGAUACAGACGAACUGCUUGACGGAGGGAAGGAACUUGUUAUGGAUUACUGUUGUUGUUGUUGUGAUGGAAAUCGAUUCAAAGUAUUAAAUUGUGAUUUUGAUGGUUGGUCGUUAAAGUAAAAUUACUAAAGAGUACAACAUUACUGAAUAAGUACAAUAAAUAUGUCACGCUUCUAACCCUCGUCGCCCUAGUCCGUGCUUCUUGCGAUACUAUCGAAGGCCAAGUCGCUCUAGGGACCAGCCAAGCGGACGUCGAUGCGUUCCUGGCCAAUUUCGCUGACCCCGAGGUCGGUCUUAACGUGAUUUCAGACUGUAUCUCGAAUGUUCUCAAACUACAAUUUGACGAACCGAUCGUGCCAGUGGAGAUGUACCUAUCUGGUCCAGCCUUAAUUUUACAGCUGGGCGAGAAUACGCACUUGAAACCGGAGCAAUUGUAUGCGUUUAGGGUGAUGGUGGAAAACCCGAUGGAAACGUUUGACAACGUACUUCUGUGAUUUUUAGAAUUAAAGCUCAGCAGUCAUUGGUCACUGACUCUGAACGGAAGAGACCUCCUUCAAAGCUCUCCCGCCCUUUCCCUUCAUUUAUUUCCCCUGUUGGUUCUCUCAAGAAGGGUCGCCUCUUCGAUCUCAGUGACCAACUCCAAUGACCACUGAAAGCCGCGCCUUAAUAGAAGCAACGAGCAUGCUGACUACUUCUACUUCGUGAAGACUGAAGAACUCUUCCAUCCUUGUAGUUUUCUAUUGCAGCAAGACAACAAACGUUUCUACCUCCGUUUCCAUUUCGUCUAUGUCACUACCCCCUCAGGUCCAAGAUCUCUCCCGAUGGUGGACCGUCGAAACAAGGAAGAUGCCUUCACCUACUACCAACAAGCGCUCUCAAAUCCGCGAUCGUCUUGACUUGAACUAUGAGGUGUACUCUUUCGCAGUCUAUCCGCGCAUCAGCCUGUUCCAACUACAGACUCUCAACUACAUCGGCCAGAGCGAAACCGACAUCAAGAUCAGUUUCGACAUCACGUCUGAGCUAUCUCCCGGACAGGAUAUUACAAUUUAAGGCAACCGACAACGCAUCCUCAACAUCAUCUUCCUUGGCUCUUUUCCAAAGGGGAAAGUUGCCGAGGGUGCAGUGAGGGAUGCGAACGCGGUAGCUCUAAAGAAUCACGGCGCCAGAUGAGUUCCAGUUUCGCAUGUGGACUGGCGCUGACUCUCUCCAAAUGCCGUGGAACCCGACUAUGGAUCCGGUUACGGGCCUCUAUAUCGGUCUCAACCCAGACGGGACAGCUCCUCGACCGUGCAUUUCACCAGCUUUGACGGCUGCGCAGUAUCAGGUGAUGGACCAACUCUUUCCGAGGAGUGCGAUCAAGGAUAUCACAAGGUUGCCAGAAUACGUCAGCUGUCAUGUCAUUUCGGUACUACUAGAUGUUAAUGCUGCUUGGAGUUUAAGUAGAUUUUUGAACCGAUCGAAGUUGGAGGUUUUUAUUGAUUUUGUACUAGUAAAUACGCAUGAAGAUCUAUCCUCCAUUCUUAUAACCCAAAUUUCUCGCCAAACAUCAACAGCACAAUCAAAUUCGGAUUGUCAACACGGAGAAGCUUCGUGGUGGCCGUACGUUGAUGGCUGGACCAGUUUACGAGUUCCUAGUGGAUGAAAUCCAAAACCCUCCUCGCACGCCAUUUACUGCUUCCAACUUGUGGCGUAUCGUCGCGAAUACCACAACCCCGCUCGGCCAGGAGGUUUGGGCCACUGAAGGGUGGACUAUUUUUCCAGAGCUAGUCACUACGGAACUGAUGUCCUCCAAUCCGGCGAAUGGCUUGUUCACGACUUUCACUGUGCGCGUGGCGGUGUUGACUCAAGUGCCUGGUCAGGGUAGUAUCUUGCUGCGAGCACCGAGACAAGAUUUCUAUUUCGGUGAUCGCCUCGCCUUUGACGGACCGCCUCCAGACCUGUUGAACUCUAUCCCACGAGCAAGCGGAGGAUCGCCACCUCGUCCGACGCUAGGAUCAGAAGAAUCCUGUACCAUCACUGCGCCAGAGCCGCAAGGAAAUUUGCAAUUUUUGUGUCCGAUUUCUAUCACGCCGUGUGACGAGAAGGAGCGGUACGAGUCCUUGGACGCAGGCAGAGCACCGAAAGACAUGUUGUUAUGAUUUUGCUUUUGGACAAGUGCUGUGAUCACACUAGAGGCAAGUUUCUACAACUACAGUUACAGUAUGAUCAUAUGCUAAAGCUCGCGGUCCCACCAGGUGUGGCAGCUCGGCGGCGGCAUCCUAUCCUGUCCUAUCCUAUCCUAUCGUUAGUAGUCCCUAUUCGUAGUCCCUAUACUUACACCACGGGAGUAGAACUAGCACAAGCACAUAAUUCAUACUAGAAGAAGGUUUACACGUUAAAGUAAUUUGAUCCUUCUCGUUUGAUAAUUCUUUUACACUGAUUGAGUAUCCCUUUCUUCCCACUUUACACCACUCUCCUACAAACUCUAAUCUCCUACGCCCAAGAGAUCCAAGCGCUAGAGUUCCCCUGCAGCCAGGGACGUGCCGACUGCGCCAACCGGAGAUACGACAAGCUGUUUAACUGCAAAUACCGCACCGUGUUGAAGGAGGAAUUCAUGUCUGCCACUGAGCUAGAGACGAACAAAGCUCUGGUAACGGACUGGAACAAGGUGAACACGAAGCAACUAAGUUGGGAACCGUAUGAGGCACAGCUGGAGAUCACGCUGUCCGAUACGAUCACCAUGAAGCAAGACCAAUUGUUGAUCUUCCACAUCACGGGUUACAACACUUUGUUCCGCAACCACACGCAGUGGCAGAACGAGUUCAUCUUAAGGCUGUACCUAAUACAUCUUUGGCCGCAUCCUUGAAACGUAUGGAGGAGUAUCCUAAGGGAAUACUCCCCCAUACUUUUCAAGGAUGCACUUGGAAGAUGAAUUACGGACAGCUCUAAUCAUCUUUGCCACGCGUAAUGCGGACAGUGGUAAAAUUAAGGCAGAGAAAAACCCAACCCUAAACCCUAAGCCCAUUCUUCUCAUUCCCCUUUUACACAAGGGGAAUCCAUACUGGGUUGCUGGCGUAAGGUUGGGCUUUUCUCUUCGCUAAGAAAACCACACUAGACGAGCGCAAGGGAGUGCCUGGCUUCAAAUUGUUCGGUGUAGUCUACGUGACGCGAAUCUUUGCGCAAGAAACGAAGGUGUCGAACACGUACAAUCGAGUGACGAUCACUUUUCGCCUGACCAACGUGGUGAAACAGCGGGGGUUGAUCCGUAUCCAGUACCCGCAAGUCUUCGAGCCGGUCCAGUCGGCGGGCGGCGCGGGCACUAACACCAUCGACAUAUCCGAAACGGUACCGCGUAAGGCGAAGAAGAGCCAACGCGGCAACAUCAUCGAGCUGGACAGUGAGGACGAAGAUUUCCCAGGGGGCUUGGACAUGCAGAUCACGAUCACACUGUCGAAUCCUCAGAUCUCGCCACCACCGUCAGAGAACAUUUGGAUCUACGAAACGUUCCAUGUGUCUCCACAAGCCCCGACAGGGACGACGCCGCCAGCCUCGGCAUUGACCAUGAUCGACUUGAACAGAGAUGUGCAGGGAUUCCGUACUAUCACUCGUCUCACCUGGCCUGGUGAAGAUGUGCUCUAACUGUAUCGCAUGAAAAAAACAAGAACAAGAACGCUGUUCCUCUUAGUACUCGCCGAUAUUAUACAUAGAUGACAUCACGACCCUUCCACACUAGAAGCUACAACAAAACCGUAUUAUAUAUAAGCCUCUAUAUUAAAAAAUUAACAGGAAUCUACGGGGCUUUCCGUUCGACUCGUGUCGCCUCCGCUAUCGAUUCCCCCACAGUCGUGAACACCGUAGCUGUCUCCUUUGUGCUGGAGUCGGAUCUCGCCUUCGACGAAUCUGCGCGUCUUCAAGUCUACAUGCCCAAGGGGUUCCAGCCUGUGGAAUUGUGUGGUCGAUGGUCACGAUCCUAUGACCCUAUGAAAUUUGCGGAGUCUACGUCCAGUUUGGACAGUGCAUUGGUGUACACGGAGAUUCCACGAGGUACGUCGUGCAGGGCCAUCGUGGAUGCGGACGAGCCAGCAAUCGAGUUGAGACCGGGAGCUGUCAUUCAGUACUAAGACCACUAAUUAGCUUCCGCUGAGCUGCUCGUUGGCCGUUUUCGAUUUGCUUUUACUGAAGAUAAGAUCAUCUUCUUCUCGUUCGUGCUUGGUAGAACCCUCAAACAACCCACAACCACCAGCACCACCACCACCACCACCACCCCAACCCAACAGGUUCGGCCUCGACUACGCGUUCAUGUUCGAGAUUAUCAAUGCCGAUUAUGUCCCAGACGCAAACAACUGGCGCUUCCAAACCAUGCUGAACAAUGUCGUUCUGCAUUUGGAUCGAAACGUGUUUGGUUUCUCGCUUUAAGGCUUACCUAAAAAUAUAUUGUUCGUCCUCAUCUGAAGAAGCAUCUUUUACUUUGGUCGUCCCCAUUUCUCCCAGGGGAUUCUAUAAACGGAUCCGAAUAUAAACGUGGCCACUAUAGUUCUUUUUUAAAUAUAAUAGGAUUACUUGCCUCUUUUGUAUUUUUGUUUCCUAGUUAGGUCGGCUCCACCACAAGCAUAAUAGGUAAAAACAACAACAAGAACAAGGUGAAGGUCUAAUCUUUGCAGGAAUUGCAAGAUAUCACUGUACAGCCUAUGGACACGACACGUUCGGUGAUGGGAAGGAUGCAGAUCAAAAUGCGAUCGACGAAGAGGAUUCCUGGGUCGAGUGACAUCAUCAUCACUGCACCUGUUGUUAUGAUGUGAUCCGAUAAGAGUUGUAACAGUUGUAAUCUGUAGUUGAUUAUAGAUAAAAGUAUAAUAUAAUCUAGUUGAUCUUGAUAGAUAGAAGUAAUGUAGUCGAAAACUGAAAAUAACCGAGUUACUGACUGAAAUAUCGGAGGCAGCUUUUUAACAUCAAGGGUAGUGCUCUUCCUUCUCAUCGGUAUCUCGCUUAUUGUCAGUAGUUACUCGCUUAUUUCAGUUUAUCGAAUAGUCGAUCUAAGUAUGUAGUAUGAUCCGAUUGGAGUAAUGUAGUCGAAAGAAUCGAAAAGAAUAGGUCUUGGAAGGUCCUCAAGAAGGUUCUUUUGCAAUCUUUUGCUUGAUGAAAGUACUCGACUAAGUGUAAGAUACAACUCGGAACACUACACACGUCAACGUUCUAAUCCUCGUUUCCGCCCCCUCAACACGCUUUUCACGAUCUUGUCCAUUCCCGGUGGCCACACGCUUGCCUCUACCACCACUGCCACGAGGAACGAUAAUGUGGUGACAUUUACUCUGGACGGGCAGGACAGGAUUGAGUAAGGCUUACCCUGAUCCAUCUUUAGAGGCCUCCUGCUCCUGGGGACCUUUUUUUUUUAGGCCUGUCUAGGAUAAUACAGCACGACCUUGAGAUGGAUUACUCAAGAUGUGAGCUCCCUCUAAAUUGAGCCCAAUUUGGAAUUCGGUAUCGAGAUUUGGAUUACCAAUCCUGAAUUUACGCCAGCAGACAACGUGUGGAGGUUCGAGAUUCGAGAUGCGCAAAAGAACUUCCUGGACGUCAAACAGAGCUGGGAAGGGUACAAACGAAUUCACAUUGAACAUCCUACUUUUUAGAAAUAUCACCAAACAGAAAAAAGCAAAAAGAGACAGCACCCAACACCCAACAUGCAACACCCAACAUGCAACACCCAACAUGUAACACCCAACAUGUAACACCCAACAUGCAACAUGCAACACCCAACACCCAACAUGCAACACCCAACAUGCAACACCCAACAUGCAACACCCAACAUGCAACACCCAACAUGCAACACCCAACACUGAACACCCAACACUGAACACCCAACACUGAACACCCAACAUGCAACACCCAACAUGCAACACCCAACACUGAACACCCAACACUGAACACCCAACACUGAACACCCAACAUGCAACACCCAACAUGCAACACUGAACACCCCUUGAACACAGCUACGACAUCACCGGCGCCAUGUUUACCGAAGUUCGACCUGGUUUCGCCACCAAGUCGCGUAUGAACAAGAUUUCUGUCGUAUUCGUGCCAACCACCAUCAUGAACCAAGCGGACUUCGAGAACGUGUUUUACUUGGAAGCACCGAUUGGAUACAAGUUUCCAGUCGUCUGCUCGGACUUGUUCCACUUGAAAUACAGCAACCCCUCAGAACUCCAGACAAGCUCGAUGGGCGCGCAAGCAAUGUUAAGGCUCAUCAGCUUUGUUCAAUGGUCAACACUGGGGUUGGUCACUGGCGACCCCUUCUUGAGAGAACCAACAGGGGAAAUAAAAAACGAAGGGAAAGGGGAGAGCUUUCCUGAAGAGGGUCAGCCUCUUCCGUUCAGAGUCAUGAUGACCAUUGAAGGCUGAGCUUUAACAAUCGCGACCAAGUUUCCUCCGGAAAAUAUUCGCUGUGAAGGUUCAGACGCAGAGAACGUGACGAUCACCUUUCCACGUGGUAAGGGCUUGUUGGUGUUCAACUAUACACUGGAAUUGGAGGUCGAAAACGCAGCAGAGGAUCCGAUCAGCAACAUCUGGAUCUUCGAAACACGCAAAAAAGCAUCAUCCACGGAUCCGAAGUUUAUGAUGAUUCAUGUGGACGGGACGAGCUUUCUUGUGUAUAAGUACAUAAGUACGUAGAACUUGUUGAUGUUUAUAAUUGUUUUCAUAUUAGAAUUAGUCUCUCUGUGGUAAGAAAGUAUCUACCAUUUUCGCUUCCUUGUGAUUACAUUUAAUCCACUUGAAAGGUUACUUACUUACUCACUUUUUGGCUUCGGGAACAGUCCUGUCAUUUCCUUUCAUUCGCGAGAAACUACUUACAUUCGCUGAGGUUACUUACUCCUGAAGCUGAACCGUUCACAACAACAGCUACAGUACUAAAAUUUCAAUUUCAAGAACCUCUAACCCCAACUCGAUCGUGGAUGCCAACCGAACAAUUCAAGGCUUUCUCCUUCAGGACAUGGAGAAGGCGCCAGAUGAGGCAGGCAGCGCAUUCCGUGGCACAAUGCUGAGUCCUAUGAUGAGUGUAGGACUACUCGUAUGGGGGAUAUUUUGGCUCAUGAGUAGUGACGGGAUGGGCUAGUAGUUUACAACUGUAGGGUCGUUUGGCCUAGGGUCGUUUAGGGCUUAUGAAAUAGGAAUGAAAUGAUUUAGGUGUUGGACGAUCAACCACAGAACAAACAAAAAAGCAUUCGAAUUAGUAGAGAAACCGUGACAACAAGACAGAUAAGGACCUGAUCAAGCAAGUCUCUGGACGGUAGUAGUUCUCUUUGUACAUCGAGUCUUGGGACAGAACUUUUCCGAAUACGGCUUGGACAGUAAAAAUCUUUUUCUUUUAUGUGACAAAUCAGCUCUGGCUACGGCUUAGAAAAUAGAGAUAAUGAUAAAAGAAUUAGGAACUACAUAGUGCUCCGAUGCCACGGCCAAAUUGCUGAUAAUGCGAGGUACAGGGUCGGUAAGAAUAUUCUUGUAGAUAUUCUCGUAAUCAUUGAAAAUCGUGCUUAAACAACAAUCAUCAGUCUUCAUCUGCUGAAUUCAGGAUACUACUUACCGAAUACGAAAUAUAGCUGUCUGCAGCUCGCCAAAGGUUUCAAUAUGUUUUGAUUAUUUGAUCACCAAGUUCAUUCUUACAUGUACUGAAUUGAAUAUAAAUAGUUCCCCAAUUAAAAAUGAACUUUUUUCUUGUUUCACAAAUAAUCCAUAGUACUGUUUUUGAUCGUUUUUUUGUAGUUCAUGAUCAUUAGACUUACGAAUUGUUGACAAAGCUGCCUCCAUAAGAGAACGGAUUGAUCGUAAAACAAGUAGUCUCCAACGAAUGCUCAAGGUCUUAUGAAAAGCAAAACGUGGAAGAAAUCAUAGAGCAACACGCGUGACAUCAAGAUUGCUUCUGUGUCCCAGAUGCUCAUUCCCUCCAACAUUUGCUUGAACGAACAAUGUGAUAUUUCCUUUUUCCGAACCGGAUGAUUGCCGAUAAAUUGCAUCCAAACCCUAUCCCUAUGGUGAAAAAAAGAAAACAGCAUGUCCCCAGAAAAUGCAAGAACUCCAAUGAAAAGUAUUCCACAGAAGAAGAU